AUGAAGGCACUCCAGCAGGAAUUUGGUUCGCCCGGAUUACGGAUUAUAGCUUUUCCAUGCAACCAGUUCGGCAAGAUAAAUCGUCUCCAGUGUGUACAGGAUACGGCCACCAGGAUUGUGUCACUUGCCCGUAAACAAGACCAUAUCACUCCAAUCCUGAAGGAUCUACACUGGCUUCCAGUGCAGCACAGGAUUACUUUCAAGAUCCUCUGCUUAGCCCACCGGUGUCUGUCCGGCAACACUCCAGGCUACCUACAGGACCUCCUGCCUAUCUACUCUCCCACUCGAUCCCUACGCUCUGAGUCCAAGCUACUGUGUCGCAUGCCCAACAUCAAGACUGUGAGAUAUGGCCAGCGUUCCUUCUCAUAUGCAGCGACAUCCCUGUGGAACAGCCUCCCAGAAUCAAUCAGAAGAUCUCCAAAUCUAAUGUCUUUCAGACGUCAUCUCAAGACCUAUCUCUUUCAACAGCUCUGA